AUGGUUCGACCUUCCAGCGUUGCUGAAAUGACAUAUGACCUACAUGGCGAGUGGGAUAGACGAAAUUCUAUUGGAAGUAUUGUUCAGGCCCACACCAACCUGACUAAUAUCAAAGAAGCUGCAGACCUUCUCUGGCGCGUUGGAACCGAUCCAGGUAAAGUCGUUAUGGGCUUUGGCUUUUACGGUCGAACCUUUACGCUUAAAAACAGCGGCUGUACAGCUCCGGGCUGUCCCUUCACCACAGGAGGUACCUCUGGGCCCUGUGCUCACACCAGUGGUUACCUAGCAUACUACGAGAUACAGGAUCUGCUGGAUAAAAAUCCUCAUAUUACUCCUGUUCAUGACAAGGACGCCGCGGUUCUGCAUUUCACAUAUGACAAGGACCAAUGGAUCUCAUACGACGACAAAACAACGUUUAAGCAAGAGCUUGACUGGGCUAGAAGCGUCGACCUUGGUGGUUCCUCAAUCUGGGCGUCUGACCAAGAUACGUAUGACUUCGCAGCCCAUGCAGCUCUCCUCGGCAAGGCCAACGUCACCUCAGCGCAAGAGAAGGUCAAGGUAAGGUCUCUCUCCGUGACACAAGCCGUACUAGCCGAAAGUGUUGCAAGAUCUCUGAAUGAAGGGUGCUAUCGAGGCUCCGAAUGCGUCAAUCUUGAUAUCGCUCAGGUCACCUGUGACAGAGGGUAUACUUUAGUGGGAUAUGACAAAGAUAAAUGUCAAAAGUCCAAGAAAAACUACGGUCAACCGAUAUGUUGCGAUACUGAUUCAGCUCCCUCUACCUGUCAGUGGCGUGGGGGUGGGAGAGAUUGUAAUGGACAAUGCCAUUCAGGAGAAAUCAAGCUUUUUACAUCCAGCACUGGUGGAGGUGACUACAAUGGGUUCCAGAGUGAGUCUGCCACGAAGAAAUGCAAGCGUGGGACGAAAGCAUUUUGUUGCGAGGAUAGCACUUUCGGUAAUCUUACCUUGGACUGCUACUGGACUGGUUGCGAUGGAUCCUGCAAGGACGGCGAGGUGAGCGUGGCAGAAGCGGCUAACAUGAACGGCAAAUGUACCGUUUUCCAUCAUACCAUGCACUAUUGCUGCAAAGACAACACUGUUCCACUGAAAGAUUGCCACUUCGCUACUGAUAACCAAGGGGACUCGCUCACUGGUUGUAAUUGGUGGAGAAAAAAGGCAUUAUGCUGCACGCCUCAGGGAACACCAGCAGCAUCCUGUGAUGAUAUGGACCUGUGCAAGAUCGACUCGGAUUACUGUGACACCAUGAGCCUUGAUACAGACUACAAAAAGUUAGGAGCAUCGUCGUGUGCUAGGGCAGUUUUUGAAGCAGUGGACCCCGGCAAGGUGGCCCCAAAGUCCAAAUUCGAUACAGAACAUGUCGUUGAGAAAGUAAUCAUCAAAAUUCUCCUAAGAAGUGCCGUCACUGGGGUGCUGCCCUCGGGCUCACUUAUGAAAAGUGCGAUUAUAGAUGGGGCGAAUUUUGUCAAAUACUGGGAUAAGCCUCUUUCAGCUCUGAAUCGUGCUCCAUCAAUUGCUGACGGGGACGCCCUAAUUCCUAAUGAUCGUUUGUACAGCGCCUUGGGUACAGUGAACAACCGUGCAACAUUUCUUCUCGCCGAGAAGUACUUGAAUAUGGUGAAAGGCAGAAUUUUCAAGAUGCAGCUUAAGGACGAAAUUUUCAAUGGAUUCAUUACAAGUCCGGAAGAUGCGAAAAAGUUUGACCCAGCAUUAGAGCUAGCUGCUAAGACUGGUACGGGCGAGGAGGCUCCUUUUAAACACAUUCGCCUGGCAAUAGGGGUAUGGAAUUACCUUAACCAUCCAGAAGUGCUGAGCCGAGUUGACACCGUGCGGGAGAAUUUGUUCGCUGAGACAAUAGUUCUGGCCCAGACGGUACCUGGCUUCAAGAGUCUACCUGGGAUUCUCAAAGACGUGGACGCGGACUGGUACAGAGUGGCAGCAUCAGGAACGAGAGACUGGGUAGCAACUCAACUAAUGUUGAUGUCGUUGCGAUACAUGGGGUCUAGAGCUGCCAACGCUGAGGUUGUACACACAACUGCUCAACUUUUGAAGAACCAGCUAGAUGAUAUUGUGGUCCCCGCGUUGAAGGCGCUUAAAGAUUAG